CCUAGUCCCCGGAAGGAGGAGGAGCGCCGCCGGUCGGCUGUGGGUACCUGGGGCGGAGGCAAAGGCGGAGGCAGAGGCGGAGGAGCUUUGAAAGAAGCUUAAGUGAAAAUGGUACAUGUUAGAAGACACGAAACAAGGAAAAAUUCUAAAACUCAAGAGCGUGAGCAGAAAUCUCGGGUUGAUUGGAGGCGGACUAAAAGAAGUAGCAUCUCACAGUUAUUUGAUAGUGACGAAGAGCUUGACAGUGAUGAAGAGUUUGACAGCGACAAAGAGCUUGACAGUGAUGAAGAGCUUGACAGUGAUGAAGAUCAUGAUGGUAACAAGGGGUUUGAUAGUAAUAAAAAGCUGGAAAAUGAAAGAGAACUUAGAUUAAUUAAUGUUGAAAGUGAUGGUAGUAAUUGUGAGCAUCUCGUGAACACUGGCAACAGUUCAACAUAUGAAGAAGAAAAGAAUAAAAACAAACAUAGAAAUACUGACUUACUAGAUCAUGAAAAGCAUUCAAAUCAAGAGGAGGAGGAUCUCAACACACACCCCGGACAAAUACUAGAAGAGGACUUAGACGAAGAACAUAUCAAACGAGGGAAGAGAAAAAGGAUCUCCUCUGUUAUGUAUGACAGUGAUGAGAGUGAUGAUAGUGAUAUCCUAGUUAGAAAAAUAGGUGUUAAGCGUCCACGUAGAGUGGUUGAAGAUGAAUGUUCUUCAGUCGAGAUGGAACAAAAAAAGCCUGAAAAAACUUUAGCUGCAAGAAAGAGAGAACAACUCCAGAAACUGAAAGAACUCUCAAAACAAAGAUCUCGUCAGAGACGCAAUAGUAGUAGAGAUUUUGAGGACUCUGAAAAGGAAUCCUGCCCAAGCAGUGAUGAAAAUGAUGAUGAUGAGGAGGAAGAUGAUUAUGAAUAUGAUGAAGAUGGAGAUGAUUAUAUUAUUGAUGACUUUGUAGUUCAAGAUGAGGAGGGUGAUGAAGAGAGUAAAAGCCAGCGAGGAGAAAAAUUGACUACAUCACAACUGAAAUUAGUAAAACAGAAUUCUCUUUAUUCUUUUAGUGACCACUAUACUCACUUUGAAAGAGUUGUGAAGGCUCUUCUGAUCAAUGCUUUAGAUGAAUCUUUUCUGGGAACAUUGUAUGAUGGUACCAGACAAAAAUCAUAUGCACAAGAUAUGUUGACAUCUCUCCAUUAUUUGGACAACCGCUUUGUUCAGCCUCGUCUAGAGAGUUUAGCUUCUAGAAGUCGUUGGAAAGAGCAAUAUAAGGAGCGGGUGGAAAAUUAUUCUAAUGUAAGUAUCCAUUUGAAGAAUCCUGAAAACUGUUCCUGCCAGGCCUGUGGAUUGCAUCGCCAUUGCAAAUACUCGGUGCAUUUAUCAGGAAAGUUGUACAACACCAGGACUAUGGAAACAGAUGACUUCAUGUCACAUGAUAAACAGGUGUUUACUGUUGGCAGAAUUUGUGCUGAGCGUACCAGAAUUUAUCAUAAACUAAAACAUUUUAAGUUCAAGCUGUACCAGGAAUGUUGCUCCAUUGCAAAGACAGAAGAAGUUGAAGAUGAGCAGGUUAAAGAAACAGUGGAAAGAAUUUUCAGUCAGUCAAAGGAUAGUGGCUGGAUUAAGGAGAACAGUUCUUGUGACCCGAGAGUGAAGAAGCACCUGGUGCCAAUCUGAGGAAAGGAUCUCGGCUGCCAGUUCUAAUACCACCCACAUCCUCUUCUUGAGGACAUGGGCUGAGCAGUGAGCACUGUAACUGAAGAUCAAGGGGAAUGCAGAGGUUUCAGGCCACGGCACUGAUUUUGAUUCCCCCAAAUCCUGUUGAUCACUAAAUUUGAUAUCAGUGAUAAAGUGGGGGUUUUGAAGAGUGCACUGGAUUCCCGAAGAUCUGCUGGCAGCUCAUAAGCUCUGGUCUGCUCACAGAGCUUUUAGAAUUGCUUAUGGUACUUGGAAAGAAUGCUAAUAUGAUUGCAAUCUUUUAAAACAAGUCUAGUUACGUGAAUGUAUGAGAGAAAACAUAUAGUAGAUUUGCAGGCAACUCAGAUCAACAGUGUAUUUAAUCUUAAAAAAAAAAAAAAGACUGACUUAAGAUCUGUUGCCUGGGUUAUUUUUAUCAUAGGGAAUUUGUAAAAGAGGAAGAUAAAAAAGAAGAAAGCUUAGUGAAUAAACUUAUAAGCAAAGGGAAAGAAAAAGAGAACAAACAACAGGAACUUGUCAGGACAUGUCAUGUUCCACAGAGGUCUCCCAGUCUGGACAGUGACAUCAGAACUGGUUUCCCUCUGACAAUUAUCCUCCUGCCACAAACCCCACCUGGUGAUCUCUCUGCAUCUCCCCCACCCAAUCUGGACCUUUCUGUAGUCUUUCUCUCAUUUUACUCUCCUCAGCUUUUUAACUUUUACUUUGCUUCGACUUCUCUCCCAGUGCUUUCCUCCCUGUCCUCCUCUGUGCUUUUCUAUUUGCUUUAGAGGGGUACCAUUACUUAUCCAGUAAGUCCCGUCUUCAUUUUCCAUGAUGAUGUGAAAUUCUUAGCUGAUUUUAUUGGUGCAUUUAAGGGUUGCCAACCCUCUAGUGGAGUUGGACAACCUACUGGGUUGUCCUACUGGGACACCAUUUUUUAAAGAAUUGUGUACCAGGUAUAGAAAAAUCACUGUGCACAUACUGUACAUAUUAUGUAAUAAUAGUAUAUAUUAAGAAGACCAUUAAACUUCUUGCAGAGAAAAACUAAAAACACUACUAGAUCAUGUACCUUAGAGAACGAGUAACAGGGUUUCUAACAGAAGGAACCUGGAAUAAGAAAAAAAUAUUCUUAGGAGGAAAAAAGUCAAGUGUUCUAUUAAACUUCAAGAACAACACACAGUAUUGGGCAGUUAUUUCAAGUUCAUGCAUGUUUAGGACAAUGUGCACAUUUUUUCCCACAUGUAAUACCAAAGAGCUUCAUUUUCUUUUUGGGAUCCUUCCCGCUUUAAAAAUACUUGUCUAUGGAUUUUCUCAAAAGAUGUCCUAGAGACUAAAGUUUAGAGCCACUGUAAACCCAUAUGCAGCUUUCUGUGCUGUGAUUAAAAUUCAGAAUUUAUCAAGUGCUCUGACAUUUCGCAGCAUCACUCCGCCUGCCCCUCAGUGUGAGUGUCCUUGUGUGACACCAUUGUAUGUGCUUGUGACACACACCUUCUUCUUUGGCUGCAGGCUCAUGGUCAUAGCUACCCUAACCCUUCUGAAUGCCAGGGCUCAGUGCUGCUCCAGGGGCCUCAUCUGUGGCCCUUUUUCCUCUUACUUCCUUAUUAUUAUGUCAACCUAUUCUUUUACCUCAUACAAACUAUCUGGUCCUGGCUUUCCUCCUAGUUUGUUUUAUACACCUUGCUUUUUCCCUUACCUGCUCCUCCCUCCUCCAAGUGUUUCUCUUCCAUUGUCUCAGGAUAUCUCAGCAUUUCUUCCCAAAGACCUGCCAACUGGACUGACUUCAUUCUUUCUGUUCCUUCUCCUAACAGUUGAGCUAGGAUGAUCUGUUUUUAACUUAGGAUGAUGUUAAAGGGUAGGAGCUACUUGAGUGUAAGAAAGGAAAGAGUGAUAAGAAAAUUAAAAUAAAACCAAAACCUAUAAUAAAUGUAAUAAAAAUAAUUGUCUCAUUCUAAAUUAGACUGGAAGAACAUGCUAUCAUAUGCCACUGACAAAAUUCUAACAGGUGUUCUUAUUAAGAAGAAAGUGAAUGUGAUGAUGGGAUUUCCAGAAAAGUUGAAGAUAGGGUUAUUGGGACGGGGUGGUGAAUACGUGAACAUCAGGAAGUGGAGAAAGUAGGUCAAUAAAAGUAUCAAGUCUCAGUUUUACAGUUAUAUGUAAAUUUUAAAUGUAUUACAUAAAGAUUGUUACAUAAGAAAGAAUUUUAAAUAAUGAUUUGAUAUCCCAUCCCUUCCUGAAACUCCUUAUGCAGGCUCUUCUUCUUUCCCCCUUUAAAACUUCUUUCCUUUUCUUUUUCUUUCGCUUCUUAAACUGAUGUUUCUCAAAUUGUGGCUUUAACUACCUAUGUCAGAAUCACCUAGAAGUUUGUGGAAAUUGUGUAGUUCCUAGCCUCAUGGCAGUCCUAUUGAAUGAGAAUCCUUGGGUUAAACACCCAAUAUUUAACAAAUUAGGUGAUUCUUAAACAAAUUGAAGAUUGAGGGCCACUGCUUAAAGGUACAUUGUCACUCAAGGUUCCCUUCUCAGUCUGCCUUGACAAACCCAUUCCUUUCUUCAUGUCUAACUGCUGUUUCUGAACAGAAGACCCCAAACUCCUUCUUUUACGUUCUGACCUCUUUUCUCACACUCAUUUCCACAGUUCCAACUGUUUUAAUCAGUAGGUCCGACCUGGCAUUCGAAGGGGUUAAGAGAAUAAGAUCGAAACUCUCCAGAUUUUCAGUAAAAAAGAAUGAUGGAACCAGAAUCUUUAGGUGGAAAGAAUGACCAGGAAAUAUGGACUGCCUUCUGAGUUUCACUUUUCCUUUGAAGGGCUUUCCUUUUUCUUACUAAAGCUGACCCCACCUCACCCCCCUUCAAAUCUCAGAAAUAGCAUACUAUAAUGGUUAAAAGCAUGGAUUUAAAUAUUUUCUAGGAGUAGAAUUUGGAGGCAAGUUACUUUAUUUCUCUAAGUUUUCUCUUCAGCAAAAUGGAAUUAAAACAGUAAUAGAGUUUUGGUUGGAAAAUUAAGUGAUCAACACAUUUUAAGCAUUUAAUACUGGACCUAGUGAUUAAUAAGUGAUCAGUUAAUGUUAACUGUUAUUAGUAAUAAAAGCGAGGAGAGGUUUCCUUCCUUUUCUUAGUAUAGCUGGGAUAGAUUAUAAUUUUCCAGAAAAAAUUUAAUAAGAGAAAAAAGAAAGCAUAAAAAAAGUCAAACUUUUGGGGCGC